AGUUGUUGUUAACUGAGAGCUGAAAUGGCACAGAAAGGUGUUCAGCUGGAUUCAGAAAAAUUCUCUUGUUCCAUCUGUCUGGAUCUACUGAAGGAUCCGGUGGCUAUUCCCUGUGGACACAGCUACUGUAUGGACUGUAUUAAAACCCACUGGGAUGAAGAGGAUCAGAAGGGAAUCCACACCUGUCCUCAGUGCAGGAAAACGUUCAUACCGAGGCCUGUCCUGGAGAAAAACAUCCUGUUAGCAGAGUUAGUGGAGGAGCUGAAGAAGACUGGACUCCAAGCUGCUCCAGCUGAUCACUGCUAUGCUGGACCUGAAGAUGUGGCCUGUGAUAUCUGCACUGGGAGGAAGCUGAAAGCCAUCAAGUCCUGUCUGGUCUGUCUGGUUUCUUACUGUGAGAAACACCUCCAACCUCAUUAUGACGUAGCUCAGUUUAAGAAACACAAGCUGGUGGAGCCCUCCAAGAAUCUCCAGCAGCUCGUCUGUUCUCGUCAUGAUGAGGUGAUGAAGAUUUUAGAAAAUGAAUAUGAAAAAAUCUCAGCUGCAGCAGAAAGAGCUGAGAAGCAGAAGGAGCUGGAGGUGAGUCGACAACAAAUCCAGCAGAGAAUCCAGGAUGGAGAGAAAGAUGUGAAGCUGCUUCAACAGGAGGUGGAGGCCAUCAAUGGCUCCGCUGAUAAAGCAGUGGAGGACAGUGAGAAGAUCUUCACUGAGCUGAUCCGUCUCAUCCAGAAAAGAAGCUAUGAUGUGAAGCAGCAGAUCAGAUCCCAGCAGGAAACUGAAGUGAGUCGAGUCAAAGAGCUUCAGGAGAAGCUGGAGCAGGAGAUCACUGAGCUGAAGAGGAAAGACGGCGAGCUGGAGCAGCUCUCACACACAGAGGAUCACAACCAGUUUCUACACAACUACCCCUCACUGUCAGCACUCAGUGAGUCUACACACUCAUCCAGCAUCAAUAUUCGUCCUCUCAGAUACUUUGAGGAUGUGACAGCAGCUGUGUCAGAGACCAGAGAUAAACUACAGGACAUCCUGACAGAGAAAUGGACAAACAUCUCACUGGCAGUCACUGAAGUGGACGUUUUACUGCCUGAACCAAAACCAGAACCAAAGAGCAGAGAUGACUUCCUAAAAUAUUCAAGACAGAUCACACUGGAUCCAAACACAGCAAACACAUAUCUGUUAUUAUCUGAGGGAAACAGAAAAGCAACAGUAAUGUAUGACAAACAGUCUUAUUCUAGUCAUCCAGACAGAUUUUCUCAUUGGUGGGAGGUCCUGAGCAGAGAGAGUCUAACUGGACGUUGUUACUGGGAGGUGGAGUGGAGAGGAGGAGGAGUUUAUGUAGCAGUCGCCUACAAGAACAUCAGUAGACCAGAAGAUUCAGAUGAAUGUAAAUUUGGAUUCAAUAACAAAUCUUGGUCAUUACAUUGUGAAACAGAUAGUUACACAUUUUGGCACAACAAAGUCCAAACUCCAGUCUCAGGUCCUCCUUCCUCCAGAAUAGGAGUGUAUCUGGACCACAGAGCAGGUAUUCUGUCUUUCUACAGCGUCUCUGAAACCAUGACUCUCCUCCACAGAGUCCAGACCACAUUCACUCAGCCGCUCUAUGCUGGAGUUCAUUUAAUCUCUCAUGGAUACUCAUACUUCAUUAAAGUGAAAUAGACAGAAGUCAUUUAAGGGUCAGAUGGGUAAAAUUUGUUUUUAGUUUCCAGGAUAUUUUGUCACCCACCCGAGGGUUCAGUCUGGCCAACGAGAUGAAUUUGGUAAAAAUGACAUAGAAGACAAUAACUGCAAUUUUUUUUCUUUGUUUUUGUUUGUUUGUUUUUUGCUCUAGAACUUUUAUUCAUACAAACAGCUGUGUGUUCUAUUUUAAAUGGUAGUGGAUUAAGCAAACAAACAAGUGAAUAGAUAGCUAACCAGAUAAAUGAACUAAAUAAACAGAUGAUAUGUUAAUAAAAAGGUAAAUGAAUUA